CUGUGCCCAGGACGCCGCUCUUCAACCCUCCGCUUCCGCUUCCACUUCCACUUCCAUUUCCAUUUCCACCUGAACUCCAUCGCCAUCGAGGUGAACAAGACAACCGCUAUGGCGCUACAUCCUCAGUCUGAGGAGCGCAGUGUCGACGAAAAUCAAGCGAUCUCCGGAAGUGUCUCAACCACGCAGAAGGGCGACAACUGUGACAACGACCAGCGAGCUGACAUGACCGACAAAUCCGUGGGCGAUUCCCAGAUUGACCAGUCGUCGUCAAAUGAAUCGAACAUCAACAGCGUCCACCAGAAGGACUCGAAAUCCGUGAACUUCUUGCCCGGAUUACGUGAUCUUUCUAUGAAUCCUGACUGCUUUUGGGCCUCACCGGUUGAGCCCGAAGAUGAUUGCAGCCAAGUCAUCGAUCUCGAUACCGAAGAGAAGACCUCUCGACAAUUGACCACCUCUCCAAUUCUAUCUCUUUCCAACGAAGUUAUGAACUCGAUCUUCAACGCAUUCGAUGUUGACCCCAAGCUGCCAAACCUUACCGUCAGGGCGGCGACCCCGAAGUGUCAAGAACUGUUUCGUCAAACCACGCGAUUCUCAUUGUGGUCGCUUUCCAGCACUUGCCGUGCUCUUCAACUCGUCAGCCAGCAGCGACUUUUCUCCAACAUCCAUAACGAGAGUGGCAAACGCGCCGGCUUAUUGUUGCGAUCUCUUGUCGAGUUCCCCCGUCUCCGCGCCUACGUCAAACAACUCGACUUGAGAUUUUCUCUGGACGACGGAGGAGAGUGCGAGGAUGGCCUCUAUGGAUGUCUUGAUCUCGAUUUGAGCAAGAUACCAAGUUUCCAUGCCAGCGUCGUCAAACGCUCUGGUAUCCUUGACGAUAAGGGGGCCAUAAGACCGGGACCGGUCGAGGACGUCUUCCAGACCCUCAUUGGCCUCAUGUUGUCUCUCACAACAAACCUCGAGACUUUAACGCUCGGCUUCGACGUCCGUCACGAUCGAGACUAUAUCGACGACACAGGCAACGGAGUCGAGUCCUUUCUCUCACUCUUUCGCGGAGUCGACACAACCUGUGAGGCCAUUGGAGGCCUCUUAGUUUCCGACAACUUCGUGGCUGACAACAACACCAACGACAACACUGCCACAAAGGCAAUGCACCAUCGUCAACAUCAACUCCUUCCCUGCUUGCGAAGUCUUGAUAUGCACCACCAAAAGGGAUGCUUCGACUUCAUCCACAGCGCUGUUCGACCCAGACUCUGGCCGUUCAAUCUGCCCAGCUUACUUGCGUUGCCUUCCCUGUUAUCCCUGACAACCUUUUCCGACACCACUCAGUGGGGAUACCUCGACGAGAUCACAUGGUCUGAGCCCUUCUUCGCACUCGAGACACUCUCUUUUCACCAUGAGACGAUGCCGGGAUCCGCCCUGUGCUGUAUCUUGCGGCGUUGUCCCAAUCUAAGGGCCCUUGAGAUCGAUCUUGACUGCGACGACCCAGGCCCCAUUGACGAGUACGGUGGUUUCCGAGGAAGCAAAGAAACUGCCCGGAUAUCAGACGCCAUUCCCAACAGCUGCCCGCGUCUCCGCUCGCUCACUUUGCUGACCAAGACGAACCCGAGAUUCUUUUUCCGUGAUGAACCAAACUCCGACUGGCUGGCGGGCAUGGCCGAACUCACCGACCUGCGCACCAAUGUCCCCUGUCUUUUCAAAGACCCGGGCGACAUGAUGACUGCCGACAUCUGCGACCGUCUUCCACCAAACUUGGAGAGACUGUCGCUUGAUGAUAUCUGGACCAUGGAUGACAGAGUGUCAUCUCUUGGACACUGGAUCGAAUCAGGACCUGAUGGGUACCUUCUACGCGACUUAAACGCUCUUGAUGCUAGUGCGCAGCCAUUUGCCAUCAUGCUCUCCCUCCUGGCGUCAUCUCGAAUGGCAGGUAAAUUGCCAAGUCUGCGAACUGUCUCUGUCAAGUCUCCCAUUUUCGAGAAGGAUACUGGAAAGUCUGCGCAGCACUUGGCUGAAGCUUUUGCUGUGGCCGGAAUGAAGUUUGAGGUCAUCCCCUUCUUAGUUUGGCCUCGUCCCGAGAGAAUCGGCGUUGACGCGUGGUCGUUUCGCCGGGCUGAGAAGAGACGGCAGCCUGGACGCCACAUCAAGUGGAUGGAGGUGAACGUUGAUGGCAUGUGGUGCCGCAUGCGCAUUGAUAGAUAUCGGGAAUGGCAGUCAGAGAAGAGAAAGACUCAUGUUAUGGGUUAA